AUGUUACAAGCCCAUGGCUCUUGCAUGGGAUGGAUUUCUGAAGCCGUCGCUGCUCAGCGGGGCAGUGAGAAGGGCAUCCUUGUUUUCAUCGCUUUCCCAAGCAGGCGGGGAUCCAAGUACUCGGAAACGCCGGGAGCUGGCCGCCGGGUGAGCGGAGGACGAAAGGACCUGCGCCUGGGGUUACCGCUGGAGGGGCUAGAGAACCGCCCUACCUCCCCUGCCCCUCCUUGCCCCGCGCUGGAGCCGGACCCAAAACCCGCAGGGUUGCCGACCUCUUCGAGCGGCUGCGCGCCUGCGUACCGGGGCCGAGCGCGCGAGCGUUCCUUCCCCGCCCGGCGUUCUUCACACCGUCGCCCGGCCCGCGCGCCUGCGCGCCUGCUGGGAGGAACUCGGCGUCUCCACUUCGGCGGGCUGGAGGACGCGCGCGCGCCCGCGGCGAGUGCUGCGAGGCCCGAGAGUCAGAACCUGGGGGAGAGGGAUGGUCUCUGCACUGGGGGGAGCCGGAGGAGCCGCCGCCGCUGCCGACGCCACCGCCGCAGCCGCCGCCGCCGCCGCCCCGGCGCCCGCCUCCCGGCGCUGACGGUCUCGUACGAAGCCGGCGAGGGGGAGCCAGCAGCGGCGGUCGCCGGCACGCCGCCCAGCAUGGUCCGGGAAACCAGGCACCUCUGGGUGGGCAACUUACCCGAGAACGUGCGGGAAGAGAAGAUCAUCGAGCAUUUCAAACGAUAUGGCCGUGUGGAAAGUGUCAAAAUUCUCCCCAAGAGGGGCUCUGAAGGAGGAGUGGCUGCCUUUGUGGAUUUUGUGGACAUCAAAAGUGCACAGAAAGCUCAUAACUCAGUCAACAAAAUGGGAGAUAGAGACCUACGCACGGAUUAUAAUGAACCAGGCACCAUCCCGAGUGCUGCUCGGGGAUUGGAUGAUACAGUUUCCAUAGCAUCUCGUAGUAGAGAGGUUUCUGGGUUCAGAGGAGGUGGUGGAGGGCCUGCUUAUGGUCCUCCACCGUCACUUCAUGCACGAGAAGGACGUUAUGAGCGGAGACUUGAUGGGGCUUCAGAUAACAGGGAGCGUGCUUAUGAACAUAGUGCCUAUGGACACCAUGAACGGGGGACGGGAGGAUUUGAUCGGACAAGACAUUACGAUCAGGAUUACUAUAGAGAUCCUCGAGAGCGGACUUUACAACAUGGGCUCUAUUAUGCUUCUCGGAGUCGAAGUCCAAAUCGCUUUGAUGCUCAUGACCCCCGAUAUGAACCUAGGGCUCGGGAGCAGUUUACUCUGCCCAGUGUGGUACACAGGGAUAUCUACAGGGAUGAUAUUACCCGGGAGGUACGAGGCAGAAGGCCAGAUCGGAAUUACCAGCACAGCAGGAGUCGGUCACCACAUUCAUCCCAGUCUAGAAAUCAGUCUCCUCAGAGACUGGCUAGCCAAGCGUCUAGACCCACAAGGUCCCCUAGCGGCAGCGGCUCUAGAAGUAGAUCCUCCAGUAGUGAUUCAAUCAGCAGCAGCAGUAGUACCAGCAGUGACAGGUAGGUUAACAGCCUUUUGUUAUAACAGAUGAGCUAGCUUUAAACAAAUUCUCAACAAUCAGUGGGAAUGGUUUCAGUAUAGUAAUAUUUUUAAAAUUAAUCUUGGAUCAUGUAUGUAUGUAAUCGGUAAAGAAACUGGCAUGUGGCCAUUGAAUUAACUAUUCUUAGUACUUGAAGUUAAGUGAUGAUUUGCAAAGUGCUGUUUCAUCCUCCAGAUGCACAAUAUUAAAAUUAAAUGAUCAAAGAGGAAGAGAGGUGGUGACUCUAGUUUUGCAAGGCAAAUCUUGUGACACUGAAAAUGUGGUAUCUCUGUAACAUUUUAAGUUUUGUAGGUGUAUAAUACCAAUUUAUUUCUAUUAUUUUGGUUGAAGGUUUGUAAAAUCUGUUUGUUUAAAUAUAUAUGGGUGAAAUAUAUUGUUGGCACAUUUAUUAUCAAUGACUAAAAUUAUGAACAAAUUUUAAUUUUAAUAUCAAGGUGGUAGCCAAUUUAUAACUUCAAGUAGAAAAGCUUCCUUUCAAUGUGGGUUGUAACUUUACUGUUCUAAGUUAGAGUAAACUCAUUUCACUAGUUGAGAAUAUCUUUCUACAAAUAAUUUUUUUUUUUUUAAAGACAGAGUCUCUCUCUGUCGUCAGGGCUAGAGUGCAGUUGUGUAAUCUUGG